ACAAAAGAAUUCAAUAAUAGAAGAAUAAUGGAUGAAGAUGAAUUAGGUGAUUUGACCCCAGAGGAGUGCCAAAAUCGAGGAAUAUGCGAAGUUGAUCCUGUAUAUUAUAGCUUAAAUGGCAAUAAUAAAGGAGAUUAUCCUAGAAAUAAACGUGGUAAAGCGUACAGGUUACGUACUAGUGGUUCAUAUGUUUUUUUUGAAGCACACGAUGGAGUUAUGUAUAAACCCGGUGAUUUUGUAUUCAUUGAAUUAUCUCAAUGCGAGCCUUAUGGUGUUGGACUUAUUACUAGCUUUAAAAUGGUGAAGCGGGAUCAAUUAUCAUUUCGUGUUCAAAGGUUUUAUCGACCUCAGGACGUGCCCGAUGAUAGUUAUUCAAUUUUAAUUCAAGAACGCCGUGAUGAUCCUACGCUUAAUCAAACUGUAAUUGCUGCAUUAGAAGCUCGUGAACUGUUUUCCACCGAAAUACAAAGUGUGUAUUCCGUAUGUAGUCUCAGGUAA